CUUGCCUUUUCCCCCCCCAACCUUGCACUUCUAACGUCCGUUGAUCGACCUAAACCUAGUAGAGUUGGUUGACAAGGAGAUCCAACAUCAUGCCGUAUGAUUUGAAAGGUAGAAACGUGCUGAUUACUGGCGGCUCACGCGGUCUCGGCGAAGUCCUCGCCAUAACCUUCGCAAAAGAGGGCUGCAACAUAGCCAUCAACUACUUCAACCGCAUUGAGGCUGCCGAUGAGGUCAAGGCUACGUGUGAGGGGUUUGGUGUUAAAGCUGUUGUCGUCAAGGGUGAUGCAUGCUUGACCUCGGAAUGUGUCCGCAGCGUUGAAGAAGCGAAAGAGAAGCUAGGAGGCCUGGAUAUCGUUAUCGCUAAUGCAGGCUGGACAAAGUUCACUACAUUUGGCGACCUGGAUGCCAUGAACGAAGAUGAAUGGGACAAAUGUUGGUCGGCCAACGUCAAAGGACCUUUAGCACUCUUAAAAGCCGCUAAGCCAACAUUUAACUCUAACCCCGAUGGCGGUAUUCUGCUUAUUACUUCAUCAAUUGCUGCCGUAUCCCAAGGCGGUUCAUCUAUGGCUUACGCGGUAACCAAAGCCGCACAGGUCCAACUCAUGAAAUGCCUCGCCAGCACGCAGGGCCCCAAAAUCCGCAUCAACGCCGUUCUGCCAGGCCUCCUUCUUACUGAGUGGGGUCUUCGCUACCCGCCUGAGGUGAUCGAAGCUGUCAAGGCUAAGGCGGCGUUGGGAUGUGCAGUAGAUCUGCAGGAUUGCGCGGAUGUAUUUGUCAUGCUUGCUAAGAAUACAAGCAUGACGGGAAUGAAGGUCCAGAUAGAUGGGGGCGCCAACAUCCAGGGUUCCUAA